GAGUGAACCAGAGGACACAGACAUCCAACCAAAAGUCCUGAAAACUGGAUCUGAAAACCUGAAGGCCUGACACAAGAACGGGUUAAACCCAGUAUCUGAAUACCUGAAAACAGGACUAUCUGACAGGACUGCCUCGGAAGCUCAGAGGACAGAGUUGUUGACUCUGGGAGCCAACAGAGCUCCAGGAUGGGUGGCUUCGUUGGCUCAGGAUGGAAAAGUUCCCCAUCACCGCAUGACAAAUCACAGUUGUUGCCCAGCAAUCCGUUAAAUGAAUGGCUUGACCUGAGUAAGUACUAAGUAUGAGUACAGACAGCCUGAAAGCCAGUAUAAGACAGAUAUAACUAAGGAACAAAAUACUCAUCAUACAUCAAUCCCAGAGUCUGUUAAAUGAAUAGGCUUGACCUGUGUGGCCUGUCUCAGGCUCAGGCGGAGGGGUCCCAGGUGUCUACCUGAGGUUGUUGUUCCGUUUUAUGGAGGCGUUGCACAGCCAUAGCUGCUUGCCGACUGGGGAGCAGUCCGGAGUUCACGACCAGCCUCAGCCAGGAGAGUCUGCUCUGCCUCUCCCAGACCCUCAGCCUCCCAAAUCUCCCUCCUCCCAAAGCCAUGAACCGCAGACACAACAGACUCGCUCCAAACAAGGAGGCCCUCAACAACAACAACAACAACAGCAACACCAUGGACAACACCACAAACUGCCUAAUAAGCGGGAGCGCAAGCGUCUCAGACAUCAGAGGCAAAGCGUUGAUUCUGACACCCCUCCGGCAGAGGAUGGUAAGCAUGCAAAGGCAGAGGCAACACCAACCAGAGUGGCUCGGACCUCGUCUGGCGGGACCAGGGCGACUCCCUCCUCAUCAUCCACCUCCACCCAGUCUACAGAGGCUCCUGACACAGAGGAGAACCAGGAGGGCACCCUAAAGCAGAAACGGGAGCGUAAGCCUGGAAAACCUGGGAAAUAUGUGUGCUCUUACUGUGGCCGUGCCUGUGCCAAGCCCAGCGUCCUGCAGAAACACAUCCGCUCCCACACCGGAGAGAGGCCCUACCCUUGUGCUCCCUGCGGAUUUUCUUUCAAGACCAAGAGCAACCUCUACAAGCACCGGAAGUCCCAUACCCACAGGGUGAAGGCCGGCCUCGCCUCUGGAGAGCCCAGUGCUUUAGAAGAACCGGUUCCAGAGUCAGAAGACGAAACUAGACAGCCGUUGUCUGCUGCUUCUUCCAACAUGGAGAGACAAGGCACUGUAGCCAAUGAGAAGACCCAUGAAGACACUGAGAGGUCUACAGAGCAGUCCAGCGGGAUGGACAACUCCUACGCCGUCAAGAAGAGGCUGGCCAUGCGUUUAAGCCGAGGGAAACGUGGCCCUCUAGGCUCGUCUGACUCGAUCAGUUCCUCGAUGGGUAUGGGGAGUAGAGGCAGCACAGAGUCUGGCUAUUUCUCUCGUUCUGAGAGCACUGAGCAGUCACAGGACAGCCCACCCAACGUAACCAAAAGUGCCAAAAGCUAUGCAGAGAUCAUCCUGGGGAAAUAUGGCCGUCUGGGCCACCUCCAGAGGAUGUCCCGGCAUCAGGACCAGCAGCCUUCUGGAAGCCAGGGACAGCAAGAGAAGACCAUCCCAUUCACAGUGCCCAAGAAGCAGGUCAUUGACCACAUCACCAACCUCAUCACCAUCAAUGAGGCUGUUGUGGACACAAGUAAGAUCGACAGCGUCAAGCCCAGGAGGUUCUCUCUGUCUAGGAGAAGUAGCACAGAGUCUAAGGUUUCUUUAUCUCUGAAAGAGUCGCCUGUAGUCCACCACAGCACCAACAACCCUGGAGACCCAGGCUUUAAGAGCAGUGGUUCCAUCACUAUGGGUGUUCCGUGUGAGAAGUUUCAUCAUCACCAGUCACUACACGUGGAUUCAACGGCAGGCCAGACAUCCACUUCCAUGGCUCCUCUUCUGAGAAGCCUCUCAAUGCCCUCUGCUGCUAGUUCUACUGAUGCCUCCUCUGGCGCCUGUCCACGAAACUUCCGCCUUAGCCAAUCUUUUGAUGAACGGUCUGAAACACGGUCUCGCCACAUUGGGAUGCUACGACGCCAGCCUGCUAUCGAACUAGGUGCUGAAUUCAAUAAAGAGGAACAUAGUUUACACAGUAGCUCCAACACGCUCUACAAUCACAAUAUGUCCAUCGUGCCUCCUGACCAUAAACAAUGUCAACCAGAGCCGUACGAGUGUGAGACCUGUGGCGUUGGAUGUAAGAACUGGGAAGGUUAUAAGGCACACAAGAGAAGUCUGUGUAUAGCACGACUUCCCCAAGAGAGUCUUGGUACAACAAUAUGCCAGCUGGACCGUUCACAGUUGAUGCACUAUCCGAUCAACAGACCAGGGGUUUUGGCAAUGCGCAAGAGAAGGAAAGAGGAGAGUUUUGAAUCUGAUGAUCCAUCCUCUCCUGUCUCCAUACCCACCUUGUCCACGUUGGUGCAAGGCAGAGAUGAAAGAAGCGUAGCAUGCAAUAGAAACUCAUGGUCACGAUUAGAGCAGGAUUGGGGAGGGACAUCGAAAGGUUUCUCAGUGAUUCAACAUACUAGUUCAUUUGAGAAACAGGACACUUUGUUUACAGAGAGUCAAGGUAAAGAGGAGGCACAUAUUCAAUUCCCAUCUCAUGAGGAUGCUUCUCAAAAACAACUGCAGGAACACUCGUCCAAACCAACACCUCGCAAACUGGUGCGCCAACGCAAUGUUCAGGUCCCUGAGAUAUUCAUCACUGAGGAUUCCAACACUAAUGUUAUUGAGUCUGUUCAGACACAGUCAGAAAUGGCCUCCAUAAUGCCUAAACAGACCAAGAGGACAGAGGAGUUCCAGUGGCCACAGAGGAGCCUCACCCUGUCUGGGGUCCCCAUCGAGAAGCUGCCCCCGAAGAAGAAACGAAUUCGCCUUGCCGAGGCCGCCCAGUCUUCAGGGGAGUCCAUGUCCAGCUUUGACUCCAUCUCCCUGCCUCACAGCCCCAGCCAGGACAGUUGCGCAUCCCACGCAUCUAGCCGCUCUGCAUCCUUUGAGGAGUCCACCAGACCCGGAGACAUGGAGACCCUGGCUGGGAUACCAUUGAGGAGGUCCAGGGCGCCUAACAUGUUGACCGUCCCAGGGCUGCAUCAUCACAAAAGGGAGAUGCGGCGGUCGGCCUCAGAACAAGCACCUCACGACCCACAGCAGCAGUCUGUCCUGAUGGCGAUGUCGGAGAUGCGGAGCAAGUCCUUUGACUACAGCAGUUUGUCCCCUGAGCGCUCUUCGGCUGGCUGGAGAGACAGACGCAAAUGUCUCCUCAUGAGACACACUCCGGUCAGGGACCCAGAGGAGGAGGAGCAGCCUGCCAAACCUGCAGAACUGAAGCAGAACCCCAGUUCCUGCAUUAUUGCCAAACACACAGCACUAAAGGUGAACAACCCUUCUCACUGCAGCCCCAGUCCUGACCCUGUCUGUCCCAGCACCUUAUCUAGACAAAGCCCAGGUCCGCAACACCUUAGUUCGGCCGCUGGUUCCCCUCUGUCAGGCGUUACAUCCUGUAACCCUGUGCAAACUCUUUGCGGAGAGCCUCCCUCACAAUGGAAACUGGAUCAAAGUAUUCAGUUGACUGGACAUUGCUUUGAAGUUCUACCCUCUCAGAAGUCUGUAGAAUCUCCUGAUCCCCUCCAGAGGGUAGCCCCAUCACCUCUCUGUUCAGGGAAGCCUGUAAUUAUCUCCCUCCGUCCUGUCCACACCUACAUCCACCCUGCCCAACCCCGCCCUGUCUACCCUCCCCACCUCCACACCCAGUGCCCAUUAGGGAUUGCUAGGGCCCACUACCUUCCAAUAUCCACAGGCCUGAAGCUGGAGAUUCCAGUCCCAACUCACCGUCAUGAUGGACCUUCAGAGUUUGUAACACAUCCUCCGCAGAUCCUCCACCCUCACCCUAACAUCACACUCAGCCCAGAGUUACUCCGGCCCUCUAUAUCACCAGCAGUAGCAGUAGUCCGGCUACAGGCAGACACCAACACCCUAGCCAGUGCCAUAUACACCACUCUGUCCCAAACCACAACAUCUAGGUCCCAGGAACCUGUUUGUUCUGCAUUAAACAGUGGCCAUAGAAAUACCCUAACGUCUGAACAUAACAGCCACCUGGUCAAGACUCUGCCUGUAAGCAUUAAGAGGUUGUCUGAGAAUCUGCUACCAGUCAGCCAGUUGACUCUGCCUCCAGGCAACCACUUGGCUUUGCCUCUGCCCCCAGGCAGCCAGUUGUGGUCUGAGGAGGGCUGUAGAUCUUCAGGCUCAGGAAGCUACAAGCGCAUGUUAUCCCCUUCAAACAGUGUCGAUUUUAGCCCUGAGUCUAAACAGCAGCAGAAACGAGUGAAGGAGGAAGAAGAGGAGAGUUGUGUAGGAAACGUAAUCGCAGAAACAUCAACAAAAGAAGAAAAGGUUGAGAUUCCAACAUGUUUACCGAGGGUGUGUACUCCCAUAAGUCCAGAAGGACCUUCAUAUCCAACCCUCCAGUCCACCACCUCUCACAGCUGGUGUUAUCUGAACUACGUCAAGCCAAACCCCUCCACCUCGACUGACCAGCCCUCAGUGUACUCCUCCUGGUCUACCAGCGAGUAUGACUCCAACCCUCCAGGCCUCUCCACUAAGACAGCCCUGUCCCUGUUGGACUGCAAGCAGAGGGUCAGCUACACCAUCUAUACCAUGUCUCCCAUGUCAUCCACCCCGGCAGAGACCACACCAGAGCCUGCCGACAUGAAGACGCCAUGCCCUUCUGAGGUACAUGCCACUCUGCCCGGCGACAGCCACCGUGUUGAGACAACAGAGCAAGAGCAGUCCGCAGAGGACAAGGAGCCAAAGAAAGAACGAGAGGAGGAAGAGAAGGAAGAGAAGGAAAAAGAAGAGGAGGCCCAGUCAACCAGCAAAUGUAGAGAACCUCCACCUCGAAUCUGGAUCUGUGAGGGAGGCUACAGGUCUAGUGAGGAGUACGUGUACGUGCGGGGUCGAGGCAGAGGCAGAUAUGUGUGUGAGGAGUGUGGCAUCCGCUGUAAGAAGCCUAGUAUGCUGCGUAAACACAUCCGCCUGCACACUGACUCACGACCCUACGUCUGCAAGCAUUGCAACUUUGCCUUCAAAACCAAAGGGAACCUGACUAAACACAUGAAGUCCAAGGCCCAUGGGAAGAAAUGCCAUGACGGGCCAAUGACUGGCUCUUCCCUGGAAGAGGCUGAAGAAGGAGGCAGUGAAGACUGCUUAGUCUGGCCAGAAACAGGACAGGACGAGCACCAACACUCUGACGUCAGCGAAACUGAAGAAGACGACGAUGACAACGAGUAUGAUGAUGAAGAUGAUGAUGGUGAAGAGGAGUCCUGGUCCAAUGAAGACCCUUCCUCCACAAGCCACCUGAAGCCACCCAAACCCCCAAACCAGAACAGAACCACACCAGACCGGGACAGGACCAGACCAUCUGGGUCAAACCAGCCCAGCCAGCCUCAGAGGCUGAAUCCCCAGGAGCCAAGCCUCUGUUACCUUGCUGGUUCCCCCAGCAAGAAGAGAGCUCUGUUCUCCCGGAGGAGGCACCUAGACUGCGCUGGUCACCGCUUCCCACGCCACUGUCCAUCACCAACCCUAUCUCCAUCUCCAUCUCAUCGCCUGUCCUCAUCUCCAGCCCUAUCUCCAUCUCCAUCUCAUCGCCUGUCCUCAUCUCCAGCCCCAGCCCUAUCUCCAUCUCCAUCUCCAUCUCAUCGCCUGUCCUCAUCUCCAGCCCCAGCCCUAUCUCCAUCUCCAUCUCCAUCUCAUCGCCUGUCCUCAUCUCCAGCCCUAUCUCCAUCUCCAUCUCAUCGCCUGUCCUCAUCUCCAGCCCCAGCCCUAUCUCCAUCUCCAUCUCAUCGCCUGUCCUCAUCUCCAGCCCCAGACCUAUCUCCAUCUCCAUCUCCAUCUCAUCGCCUGUCCUCAUCUCAGCCCUAGCCAGCUCCAUAGCCCAUCUCAUCUCCAUCUCCAUCUCCAUCUCAUCACCUGUCCUCAUCUCCAGCCCCAGCCCUAUCUCCAUCUCCAUCUCAUCGCCUGUCCUCAUCUCCAGCCCCAGCCCUAUCUCCAUCUCCAUCUCUUCGCCUGUCCUCAUCUCCAGCCCCAGCCCUAUCUCCAUCUCUAUCUCAUCGCCUGUCCUCAUCUCCAUCUCAUUGCUUGCCCUCAUCUCCAGCCCCAACCCAAUCUCCAUCUCCAUCUCAUCGCCUGCCCUCAUCUCCAUCUCAUCGCCUGUCCUCAUCUCCAUCUCAUCAGCUGUCCUCAUGUCCAUCUCAACACCUAUCCUCAUCUCCAUCUCAUCGCCUGUCCUCAUCUCCAUCUCACUGCCUGUCCUCAUCUCCAGCCCCAGCCCUAUCUCCAUCUCAUCACCUGUCUCCUUCUCACUCCCUAUCCCCUAGAGUGGACCUGUCUCCUCUUCGCUGCCCUUCCCCUAGGCAUAACCUUUCUGCUGUCUCCUGCCACCCCUCUCAUCCACCACUCUCAUCUCUGCCCCCUAGUCAUAAACUGUCCCCUGCCCCCUGUCACCCCUCCCCACCCUCCUCUCUGUCUCUGCUAGGUUGUCAUGUCUCCCCCUCCCUAGAGAGACAUCCGUCCUCCCUAAGAGGCCUCUCACCUAUCAGGCCCAAGUCCCCCAGUGGUGGCUCCUCUGCCCCUCAGGUAACCAUCCCCGCUCAACACAGAACCUGUCUGCCCAGAGACCCAUCUUCAAAUCCCCACAGGGACAGACCUGCUACAGCUACAAGCUCCAAGGCACGGCUGAUGAAGAGCUACUCUGUUCAGGAGGAUGACGAGCUGCGUCCCCCUCUCCUGUCCCCCAGGACUAGACCAUCCCGAGGGGGCCAAGGGGGUGUCCUCAGCCACCUGCCUCUCCACUCCCAGCAGCUAGCCAGGACCGCCAACCUGCUGAUCCCCAUUGGGGGGAUCCACAUGGUACAGCCCAGGACCAGCCCACUCUACAGCUUGGUGACUAGCCCUGUGGCAGCAAAGGACACUCCUACUCCGGCAACGAUGGACCAGUCCAUGACAGCCCAGAACACCCCUACCCCUUCAGAGAUGGACCGGUCCAGGAUCAGGAGAGCUGGACUGGACGAAGUGCCACUUAGUUGGCCUUCAUCAUUGAAGGACCAUCAGAACAGUCUGAAAGAGGCUGCUAGGCCUAGCACUAGCAUGCACACCAGUUACCAGGACAACAGGGUAGGAGAGGGAGGGGCCGGGGCCAAGUGCAGACAGUCAACACCUCUCCCAGACAAGGCAGGUAUGGCCCAUGUACACGUGUGCACCAUGAGACCAGAGAAUCAUGGGAGUUUGAGUCGAAGGGAAGAGACUAAACUACUGUUCACUGGGACAGAGGUAGCAGGCAGCUCACACACUACAGGCACCCGGUCGAGCACUUUGUCCAAGGGAACCACACCCAGAGAAAGAGAUACAGAUACACACUUUAGAGAAGGAAGUGUUUUUCCAGUGACUACCCAAGGCCAAAAGGCGCCGCCUUCUUUCCAGACUAAACUCUGAUAGGAAGGAGCACCUUUAGGGAACAGUGUAACAGCCUUGUCUUGGGGACAUCUGAUAUGGCAACGUAUUUCCUACAUAGGGCAUACGGUGCCAUUUCAGAGACAGCCAUGAUCGCAGAGCUAGAAACAAUUCUGGUUUUGAGACUGAAGAAGACAAAAGGAAUCCAGAAGAAGAGCACUCGGGAGCGUACGGCUUCUGACUAUAAUGUGAUUAUGUAAUUAUAUGAAUAAUAUAUAGAUAUGUUGAAUAUGCAGUAUAUGUUUUGUAAUCUUUUUUUACUCUUCUUUUGGUUAAUGGCAUUGCUGUUAAUGUAUUAUUGAUGUGCUCUUAUGCAAUUCGGUACUAUCCUCUGUGAGAUCUGGAAUGAAAUGUAGAUAAAGAUUUGAUUUAGUCAAUUUAUUCCCCCGUCGACAACUCUAUAAUACAUUAUACUGCUCUUGCUGUUUUUAUACUGUACGAUGUACAGGUGUAAGGUCUUCAUUUGACAUAUAUUGUCACAGCAAAAUGAUCCUGCAGCAACAGGAUUUGAACUUUUAGACUAUAAUGUUGCUUGAUCAGUGGGUGGGCUGGUCAGAAGGAGGCUACACGAAAAGUGCAAUACUGUUAAUAUAACCGUGUGUUAGUGUGGGGUUACAGUGAAUUUAUGUAAAUCAAAAAGCUAAUCUCUGCAUCAAAAGUGUGGUCAAAUGAAGAUCCUACUCCUGUACAACCAAAUAUAGAAAGGGACUAGACAUCUCACCCUGACCAGUAUUUUGAAGUGCAAUUUCUGUCAAGAUUGUGGCUUGGAAUGUUAUUCUUAAUGGCUGUGAUUUUUUGUUUAUUUUAAAGCUGGAAUCCUUAAUGGUGAAACCACCACGUCCGUGUGCGAUAAUACAACAAAGAAGUUACUGCAAACAACGAACACUGUUGUUUUUCACUCGAACAUCAUUGCACGUGCGAUAGAACAGCAGAAUAUACAACGGUGGGCCGACGCUCCUCACCUCCGCUUCGUCAACAAAACUAAAACAACGGCCAAGGGGCAGACAGUGGCACCGUUUUCCAUACUGUGGAUUCCAUAUUUAAAGAUGGUUCAUUUUUUAUAUGCUGCCUGGCUGUUUUGAAGAAUCAGGGUUAGAAUAAUAUCUUAUUUUCUACUAUCUCGUUGAGAGUAAAUCUUGGUAUAGGAACACGCAUUCGGGGUAGAAAAGCUAACUCCACUCAUUGAAUAUUCAUACAAAUAUAUCUUGUUUUGAUCAUCUGCUGUACAUGAUGCAGUCUAUAUUUAUUGCCAUAAACACAGUAAUAACAGGUCGUUUUUAUAAAGGAAGCAGUUUCCAUAUUUGUCGUUUUCAUGUGUCUUUUACCAUUAAAAUGAGUUUUUACAGAUUUAUAAUGAAA